CAUAAUGAAAGCUAUUUAAUGUUAACACACAUUUAAUAAUUUUUUUUUUUAAAGGUCGGUCAAAUGUCUAGUUGUUGGACAGCAUUUUUUGGAUAUUACCAAAUUUCUAUAUGUAACGAAAACAAAUUUGAUUAGCCGGAGAAAUUGACAAAGUGGCAUGGAAGGAAUAGAGCACAGAACAGUAGAGGUAAAUGGCAUCAAAAUGCAUAUUGCAGAAAAAGGAAACAAACAAGCACCAGUUGUUCUGUUCCUUCAUGGCUUCCCUGAACUCUGGUACUCAUGGCGCCACCAGAUUGUUGCUCUCAGCUCCCUAGGCUACCGUGCCGUGGCACCAGAUCUCCGUGGCUACGGAGACACUGAUGCUCCGGCUUCGGUUAGUAGCUAUACAGGUUUUCAUAUUGUUGGUGACAUCGUUGCUCUAAUUGAUUCACUUGGUGUUGAUCAAGUUUUUCUUGUUGCUCAUGAUUGGGGUGCUCUAAUUGGUUGGUAUCUUUGUAUGUUUCGUCCUGAAAGAAUCAAAGCAUAUGUUUGUCUCAGUGUUCCUCUGCUCCGUAGACACCCUAAAAUCAAAACCGUUGAUGCCAUGCGUGCUGCUUAUGGAGAUGAUUAUUAUAUCUGUAGAUUUCAGGAAGGUAAAAUGGAAGCUGAGAUAGCUGAAGUUGGCACUGCCUAUGCAGUGAAAAAUAUGCUCACACAUCGCACAACUGGUCCUCCAAUACUUCCCAAAGGAGAAUAUGGAACUGGAUUCAACCCGAAUAUGUCUAACACUUUGCCUUCCUGGCUCACAGAAGAUGAUCUUGCAUAUUUUGUCUCCAAAUUUGAGAAAACUGGCUUUACAGGAGGAUUGAACUACUAUAGAAACUUGAACAUAAAUUGGGAACUCAUGGCACCAUGGAAUGGAGUGCAAAUCAAGGUGCCUGUGAAAUUCAUUAUCGGUGAGUUAGACCUGGUAUACACCAUGUUAAACAUGAAAGAAUAUAUCCAUGAUGGAGGAUUCAAGGAAGAUGUGCCAAAUUUGGAGGAAGUGAUUGUGCAAAAAGGAGUGGCUCACUUCAAUAAUCAAGAAGCGGCGGAGGAAAUUAGUAAUCACAUUUAUGAAUUCAUCAAGAAAUUUUGAGCUAAUCUACUAAUGAAAUAAUCAGCUGCUAAGUCUAUUUCUUGAUUAUUGGUACUUUAGAAAAAUAUAUGGUUGAUUUUAUUUUGUUUUUUGUCGAAGUUACCUGGUAAUUAGACUCAUGUGUAGAUAAGUGAAAAAUCUGGAGUUUAAUAACGUCCCUAAGGCUAAAUAUAUAUAUAGUUAAUGCUUUAAAAUAA